CUUAUUACCAAAUACGAAUAGAAAUUUAAUUAUAUAACAAUGAUGAAAGUCACAGUAAAACAGAUGAAUGGACUUCAAAUCCAAAGUCAAGCUGUUGAAGGAGGGAUUUUUCAGAGUCAGCCAGAACCAUCCAUCAGAGAUACUAGAGAACAUGUUCCCAUGUUUGAGCAUAAGUUAGUGGUUGAGCAGUUGAAGAACACCAUACAAGAAAAGAACAAGAUCAUGGGCCAAUAUCUGAAGCUUCAAACAGAUAUCAAUAGUGUUUCAAAUAUGAUGAAAGAGAGACUUUUCAAGAGAUUAAAUAUCAACAAAUCUGAGGCUAACUUUGCUGAAGCUUCUGAUCCUGAUUAUCAAUCUACCAUAGACCAGCUUAGUAGAGCAAAUCUCUACACUAAUAGAAGUGAGGUCCAACAGAUCGAUUCUUUGGCUCAUGAAAUAUUUUCAAUCUUUGUGAACCUCAAGAAGUUCAUCCAGAAAAGAGAAGAAGAUUCCCUUGACCUGAGUCUAGAAGAGAUGGACAAAGUUGGUUACCUGUUCACCCCUGAAAAACUAGAAUUUGGGACCUCUGUCAUCCAAGGAGAGGCAGUAGCUGAUAAAAUCAAGAAGAAAAAGGAAGAAUGCAAGGCCAAAUUUUAUCAGGAGAAAAUUCUGAGAAAAUCAAGAGUUACUAACACUUCUACAAAUAUGACCUCUACAAUUUCAAAUAGCAAAAUGAUCUCUCUCAAUGAGCCUCUAGUAAAGGAUGAAAGCAAGAGAAAUUUUGUCAAGACUAAAGUCAGGUCAAAAUGGAUCCCCAACGAGCAUGCCGAAGACUGCUUCCACUGUGAGAAGAAGUUUAGCCUCCUUAGAUGGCGCCAUCACUGCAGAGAAUGUGGUAACGUUUUCUGUGGGUCUUGAUGCUAUCAAUAUAACUUUGCCUCUGGGUUUGAGGACCAGAAAGUCAAACUGUGCGAGAUCUGUGCUGAAUAUAAGAACGCUCGAGAUAAAUCGAAGGCAACUGUGAAAGAUUUCAGCGUAUUUUCAGGCAAAUUGAUGUAAUUAACAUUCUCCUCUCAACAACCUUACAAGUAAU